CUAAGUCCCCUCCCCCUCGGCGAUCGCAGACCUCAGAAUCUUGCAGAAUUUAUUCAGCGCGCUGAUUUCGAGCGGGGUGGCUUCCGAAACAUCACCGAGGAGGCCUUGCGCGAGGAAGUAGAGACCGAUGGAGAUGGAGUUGUCGACUCCAAGGAGGUGGACAUGCUCGAUGGCAGAUCUGGAGAGGAAGAGGACGAUGGCCUCGACGAAGACGACUCCCAAGGCAAGUUAAAACCGGAAGAGUAUCAGGCGGCCAUCGUGGAGGUCAUGGAACAGACCGAUGCCUCGUUAGCCUCCGAAUUUAUCUCCCUCCUGCUCUCCAAAGAAGAUCCCGCACAAUCCAGCCUGUCUCUGUCCUCCGUCCUCCGAGAUCUUGUCGGGGUUGGUUCCCUCGGCGUCGACAAGCUUGUCAAGUCGAACACCACCGAGGCCCGCCUGCAAGACCACAAGACCGUUGCGACUGGUUGGAAGCUGGGCGACAUCGACAGGACCGUCGACUCGCUGCUACAAUCCGCCUCUCGGCUCCAGAAAGAGAUGGCCACCGAGGCCAAGUAUUGGGAGCAGGUCCUCGCAGUCAGCGACAAGGGCUGGGCCGUGACUCGGCUUCCGAAUGAGCCAGAGAACCUCGGCGUGAGAUAUGGCUUCUCCGAGUCUGCGCCCAACUUCCGAAAGACGAGCCUGGCGCCCAUGCGACGAGGUGAGGAUGGAAAUGUCGACCUGGACUGCGAUAAGACACUCGGCGACUCGCAGCGACUGCUAGUGACGCUCGAGAGGGAUGGGGCGGUCGUGGGACGCUCUGCGCUCCCGAGCUCUCUGCUUCGGGAUGCGCCCCUCGAGGAUCGGGUUCUCGAUGCACGCAACACCGUAUUCGCGCAGGAGCUUUGGCACGAGUUGGACCGCGAGGGUCGACUGUUCCCAGGCUAUGGUGUAUGCAUUGAGGACGGCGUUCUCUCGUACACCUACAAUACGACCUCGAAGAUUGUUGUCCAGCUGCAGACCCUGCCGCAGGGUCUCGACGAAGAGCCAGCGCGCCCCCUACCUGAGGACCAACGUGCCGAGGCCCUCAGUGCAGCGCUCCAUCAACUGCUCACAUUUGCGCGUCGAGUGAACAAGUCGAAACGCUCGCAGACGAAUCCCAAAACGCGGAAACAGACCGCUCAGGUGCAGCCAUAUCAACUUGUGCGCCCGUUGCUGGCCUAUACCCAACAUGAGGAGGCGGUGAAGGAGGUUACAGGAUUCAUCUCGGAUCUGACAACGCUCCUGCAGUCCGCCGGCGUUGCCACGGCCAUGUUCAAGCUGACCGAGCCACCCAUCGACCCGAGCUCCGCCGGAGCUAACAGCUCGACAUCAGAGGCCCUCGUCAGGUCCCUCCUCCGACCAUUCGAAUGUUACUUGGAGCUCGACAUCACGCCGGAGUCUAGGGUACGUAUCCGCUGCCUAACG